AUGAAUGGAGACGUAAGCAUUCGACCUUUUGAUGCAGUUAUCUCUAGUGAGAAAUCAGUAAAAAAUUUAAGCCAGACUGUUGUUUAUGGAUUCCAGGUAAGUUUUGAAUUAGUUUCUAUGGUGGCUCUAAAUCGACUUUGGGGCGAUGGUAAUCCUCUCUUAGAAAACCAGGGUUUUUGGCCUGAGCCUCAGGAAUUAGGUCUUGUAGCCACCAAAGUAAGCGUUUAA